CAACAUGGCCGCCGACGGGGGCGACGGCUGCCCGGCGGAGCGCGGGCCGGGGCUGGAGCCGGGAGAAGACUUUGAGGUCGUGGACCGGAGCCAGCUGCCGAGCCCGGGGGACCUGCACAGUGCGGCCAGGCGGCGGGCGGCAGCGGAUGGCUGGUCCGCGCCCAUCCUCACCCUGGCGCGCAGAGCCACGGGCAACCUGUCGGCGAGCUGCGGGAGCGCGCUGCGCGCGGCCGCGGGGCUGGGCGGCGCGGACGCGACGGAAGGCGCGGCGCGUACAGCUUCCAAGUGCCAGAUGAUGGAGGAGCGUGCCAACCUGAUGCACAUGAUGAAACUCAGCAUCAAGGUCUUGCUUCAGUCCGCUCUGAGCCUGGGCCGCAGCCUGGAUGCGGACCACGCCCCCUUGCAGCAGUUCUUCGUGGUGAUGGAGCACUGCCUCAAACACGGGCUGAAAGUUAAGAAGAGUUUUAUUGGCCAAAAUAAAUCUUUCUUUGGUCCUUUGGAGCUGGUGGAGAAGCUUUGUCCAGAAGCAUCAGAUAUCGCCACUAGUGUCAGAAAUCUGCCAGAAUUAAAGACAGCUGUGGGAAGAGGCCGAGCUUGGCUUUAUCUUGCCCUCAUGCAAAAGAAACUGGCAGAUUAUCUGAAAGUGCUGAUAGACAAUAAACAUAUCUUAAGUGAGUUCUAUGAGCCAGAGGCCUUAAUGAUGGAGGAAGAGGGGAUGGUGAUCGUCGGUCUCCUGGUGGGACUCAAUGUUCUUGAUGCCAAUCUUUGCUUAAAAGGAGAAGAUUUGGAUUCUCAGGUUGGAGUGAUCGAUUUUUCCCUCUACCUUAAGGAUAUGCAGGAUCUUGAUGGUGGCAAAGAGCAUGAAAGAAUUACUGAUGUCCUUGAUCAAAAAAAUUAUGUGGAAGAGCUGAACCGGCACUUAAGCUGCACAGUUGGGGAUCUUCAAACCAAGAUAGAUGGCUUGGAAAAGACUAAUUCAAAGCUUCAAGAAGAGCUUUCAGCUGCAACAGACCGGAUUUGUUCACUUCAAGAAGAACAGCAACGAUUAAGAGAACAAAAUGAAUUAAUCCGUGAAAGAAGUGAGAAGAGUGUAGAGAUAACAAAACAGGACGUAAAAGUUGAGCUGGAGACCUACAGGCAGACUCGGCAGGGUCUGGACGAGAUGUAUAGUGAUGUGUGGAAGCAGCUCAAGGAGGAAAGGAAAGUCCGUUUGGAACUAGAGAAAGAACUGGAGUUACAAAUUGGCAUGAAAGCCGAAAUGGAAAUCGCAAUGAAGUUGCUGGAAAAGGACACCCACGAGAAGCAGGACACUCUUGUCGCCCUGCGCCAGCAGCUGGAAGAGGUCAAAGCCAUCAAUCUGCAGAUGUUCCACAGAGUUCAGGAUACAGAGAGCAGUUUACAGCAGAAGAAUGAAGCCAUCACAUCUUUUGAAGAAAAAAUCACUCAAGUGAUGUCCAGCAUGAAACAGAUGGAAGAAAGGUUGCAGCGGUCGGAGCAGGCGCGGCAGGAUGCCGAGGGCCGGGGCCAGCGGCUGCAGCAGGACCUGGGCCGCAGGACUGAGGCGCUGCAGGAGCGGCUCUCCCAGCUGCUCGGCCAGUGCUCAAGUCUAGAGAAAGAGUUGAAAUCAGAAAAAGAGCAAAGACAAGCUCUUCAGCGAGAAUUACAGUGUGAGAAAGACACGUCCUCCCUCCUCCGAGCAGAGCUGCAACAAGUGGAAGGAUUGAAAAAGGAGCUGCGAGAGCUCCAGGACGAGAAGGCUGAGCUACAGAAGGUUUGCGACGAGCAAGAACAAGCGCUCCAGGAGAUGGGACUGCACCUCAGCCAGUCCAAGCUGAAGAUGGAAGACAUCAAAGAAGUAAAUAAGGCACUGAAGGGCCACGCUUGGCUGAAAGAUGACGAAGCGACACGCUGCAAGCAGUGUGAGAAGGAGUUCUCCAUCUCGCGGAGGAAGCACCACUGCAGGAACUGCGGCCACAUCUUCUGCAACACCUGCUCCAGCAAUGAGCUGGCCCUGCCCUCCUACCCCAAGCCGGUGCGCGUGUGUGACAGCUGCCACACCCUGCUCCUGCAGCGCUGCUCCUCCUCCACUGGCUCCUGAGGCCUCAGGACAGUGCCCACAAGGCCACAGGGCUUGCGAGGCCAGGUGGCUGGCUCUCUGGGGCACAGGACACCUAUCCCCUUCCGAGCUGGCUGGGAUGAACUCUGGGUCCAGACCUCCUUCUCAUGUGGCUCCAUCACUAGUUGAGGGUCAGAUUAACUUCACGGUUUUGCUACUGUUUUUCACUUUUCCAAAAUUUAACCUGUUCUGCAGUAGCCGUAUUAGUUUAGUGAGCAAUCAGUUCCUUUCUCUUCCACUGCCCCAUGUGCCUUCCCUGCUUGAGUCAAGAAAUGGGCCAUUUCACACCCUUGUGAGUGUUCAUCAUUGGCCCUGCAAUAAAAUUGCUAAUUUUUCACCCUUGUGCAGAAAACAAA